CGCGCCUGUUCCGCGCCCAUCUCGCACCUCGCCUUCGCCGCCGCCAUGUACCGCUACCUGGGCAAAGCGCUGCUGCUGUCCCGGGCCGGGCCCGCCGCCCUGGGCUCGGCGGCCACCAACUCGGCCGCGCUGCUGGGCCGGGCCCGGGGACGGCCGGCCACCGCCCCGCAGCUGGGGCUCGCAUUGGCCGCCCUGCGCCACUACAGCGAGGUGGUGGCCGACCGUGAGGACGACCCCAACUUCUUCAAGAUGGUGGAGGGCUUCUUCGACCGCGGCGCCAGCAUUGUGGAGGACAAGCUGGUGGAGGACCUGAGGACCCGGGAGAGCGAGGAGCAGAAACGGAACCGGGUGCGCGGCAUCCUGCAGAUCAUCAAGCCCUGCAACCAUGUGCUGAGCCUCUCCUUCCCCAUCCGGCGUGACGACGGCUCCUGGGAGGUCAUCGAAGGCUACCGGGCCCAGCACAGCCAGCACCGCAUGCCCUGCAAGGGAGGUAUCCGUUACAGCACUGAUGUGAGUGUAGACGAGGUGAAAGCUUUGGCUUCUCUGAUGACAUACAAAUGUGCAGUGGUUGAUGUGCCGUUUGGGGGCGCUAAAGCUGGUGUUAAGAUCAAUCCCAAGAACUAUACUGAUAAUGAACUGGAAAAGAUCACAAGGAGGUUCACCGUGGAGCUAGCAAAGAAGGGCUUUAUUGGUCCUCGCAUUGAUGUCCCUGCCCCAGACAUGAGCACAGGUGAGCGGGAGAUGUCCUGGAUCGCUGAUACCUAUGCCAACACCAUAGGCCACUACGAUAUUAAUGCACGUGCCUGUGUUACUGGUAAACCCAUCAGUCAAGGGGGCAUCCACGGACGCAUUUCUGCUACUGGCCGUGGUGUCUUCCAUGGGAUUGAAAACUUCAUCAAUGAAGCUUCUUACAUGAGCAUUUUAGGAAUGACACCAGGAUUUGGAGAUAAAACAUUUGUUGUUCAGGGAUUUGGUAAUGUGGGCCUGCACUCUACAAGAUAUUUACAUCGUGUUGGUGCUAAAUGUAUUGCUGUUGGUGAGUCUGAUGGGAGUAUAUGGAAUCCAGAUGGUAUUGACCCAAAUGAACUGGAAGCCUUCAAAUUGCAACAUGGGUCCAUUCUGGGCUUCCCCAAGGCAAAGCCCUAUGAAGGAAGCGUCUUGGAGGCUGACUGUGACAUACUGAUCCCAGCUGCCAGUGAGAAGCAGUUGACCAAAUCCAGCGCACCCAGAGUCAAAGCCAAGAUUAUUGCUGAAGGUGCCAACGGGCCAACAACUCCAGAAGCUGAUAAGAUCUUCCUGGAGAGAAACAUUAUGGUUAUUCCAGAUCUCUACUUGAAUGCUGGAGGAGUGACAGUAUCAUACUUUGAGUGGCUGAAGAAUCUAAAUCAUGUCAGCUUUGGCCGUUUGACCUUUAAAUAUGAAAGGGAUUCUACCUACCACUUGCUCAUGUCUGUUCAAGAGAGUUUAGAAAGAAAAUUUGGAAAGCAUGGGGGAACUAUUCCCAUUGUACCCACAGCAGAGUUCCAAGACAGGAUAUCAGGCGCAUCUGAGAAAGACAUUGUGUACUCUGGCUUGGCGUACACAAUGGAGCGUUCUGCCAGGCAAAUUAUGCACACAGCCAUGAAAUACAACCUGGGAUUGGACCUGAGAACAGCUGCCUAUGUCAAUGCCAUUGAGAAAGUCUUCAAAGUGUACAAUGAAGCUGGUGUGACCUUCGCAUAGAUGGAUCGUGGCUGACUUCCUCACUACCCUCUUCACCUAUAAUUUCUGCGGACC